ACCAAAACACAAUGACCAAACCAAACUCUAGAAUCCUAGAACUCACAAUCAUCUCCGGCGAAUCGCUUACACUCGCGGGCAACCGUCGAAUCAAGAAAAACACAUACGUGAUCAUCAAAACCGAAUCAACCAACAGCCAAAUAUCCAACAUGGAUACCGAAAACGGACCAUAUCCAAUAUGGGGUCAAAAGUUUAACGUCAACAUGCCCAUGCAUGCAACUUUUUUCACGUUAGAAGUGCGUUGCAAGAACUCUUAUGGUGAUCAUGCGGUUGGAUCGGUUAACGUUCCGGUUUCGGAUUUUACGAGGUGGUAUUUUCCGGUUGAUUAUUUGCAUUUUUUGAGUUAUAGGUUGAGAGAUAGGUAUGGGGAGCGGAAUGGGAUUAUUAAUCUUUCGGUUAAGGUGAAGUCGGAGGAUGAGGGUGUUGGUGCGGGUGGUGGUGGUUCGAUGGGGUGUUCGUCGGCGGGGACAGGGUGGAAGUAUGGUGGAGGAAGGAUGGGGCAGGGUGUGGCUCAAGGGGUGGUGGUUGGUGUUCCUUAUAGGUAUUGAACUAUUGAUAGUUUGAUAUGGAAAGUGAAAUUUGAUUUUGUUAUACAUAUAUAUACAUAUAUUUUAUGAGUUUAUGAAAAUUGGGAAUUCUUUGUAUUAAUUGGUGCCAAAGUAAUAAAGUAAUCAUUCUAU